UAGGAUAUGUCCCCCAUUAUUGUUUGCUAUUCAGAUCCAUCCUAUUACUCCUCUGCUGCAACCCCAAGGAAUGUUUGUAUGGGGUUGACUUGGGAUUGGAAAGACAAGGAACAGUUUGUCUCCAAAGAAACUACAACUUCCAUCAGGCACUACUUCAGCGGAACAAGAAAGAACGUGAGGGCGUGGCCCCAACGCCCUGAUAGCACGGAAGACAAACUACAACUCCUAGGAUAGCGCGAGAUCUCCGCAAAGAGAAAAGAGUGACUGAACUCUGACUGGAGGAGGGGCUCUCACGGAACCACCCCGACAAGCUCCAGAAAGGGGCGUGGUCAUAUUUGGGGCGUGGCCUUAUGGGCAGCAGGAAGAAGUUACCUGUUGAAUCGUUCUAUCCAUUCUCUUUCCAACCCUUGUAGCUACCCCUAAGAGGGAAGCCGCAGACCAUAAGCCUUUUCCGAAAAAGAGGUAAGGGGAGGUAGACAAGGGGCAGCGGAGGAGACUGGCUAUCGCAUUCCGUAGGAUGGGUCCAAGGGCUACUUUUUACCUGCUGAGUCAGGUGAACUGGUCCAUGGGGGCGGGGACUAGCAUAUGAGAAAAGGGCAAGGACGGGGGAGGUAUUUGUUCGUUUUCAAGACUAAAUUUAGAGCCCUUCAUCUUCAGACCCGUUGGCAGACUGUGUCUGGGGCACUCUCUCGGCCUCGGGAAGAGAAAAGAACGGGGGCGACUUUUCGGCAGCAAAGGAACGGCCUGUGUAGGCUUUCUCACGUCCGUGUUUUCCCUAACCCAAAACGAUAGAGCCACAUGGCUUCCACGGUCUGGGGGAGCGCUCCCUGGUGGGGCCCGCCUCCCCCAGCCCCAGCCCGGCCCCUCACGGACAUCGACUUCUGCUCUGGGGCGCAGCUGCAGGAACUAACCCAGUUGAUCCAGGAGCUGGGUGUGCAGGAGAGCUGGAGUGAAGGGCCCAAGCCGGGACCAGACCUCCUCCGGGCCAAGGACUUUGUCUUCUCUUUGCUGGGUCUUGUUCACCGCAGGGACCCCCGCUUUCCUCCUCAGGCAGAGCUCUUGCUGCUUCGUGGCGGGAUUCGCGAGGGCUCCCUGGAUCUGGGGCCUGCACCCCUAGGUCCCUACGCCCGGGGACCUCACUACGACGCCGGCUUCACGCUGCUGGUGCCGGUGUUUUCGCUAGACGGCACUGGGCAGGAGCUGCAACUGGAUUUGGAAUCCUGUUACGCCUGGCUCUGUCUCCCAGAGCAGAUAGGCGGAACCUCGGUCCGGGAGGCGUGGCAGGAUUGCCUAGGACCCCCAGUCCCAGGAGGACGUGAUUCGGCCCACCGAAUCGAAAGCGAAGGAAGUCCCAAUGACUGGCAAAGCUCGGUGGACCAGCCGCAUGGUUACAUCAGUGAGUCUGAGCCGCACGUGUCUUUGGAAAAAUCACCUAGUAACGUUUCAGGGCCCGAGUCACCUCUGCAAGACGUAACCGAUCUUGGCUUUGCCGUACCAUCGAAAAAACUGAAUGGUGACGUCACCAAAGCAGCCGUCGUUAGCCCAGUCCCACAACCAGCGGAGGCUCCGGAGGCGUGGCCCACAUUGUGCCCCGCACAGGUGGCUGCGUGGUUCUUUGCUUCUCUGGUCGCGGUCGCUGAGUCCCUGUUCCCGGUCUCGGGUGCCCCGCGCUUGGUCCACGCAGCCCGACACGCGGGGUUCACCACUGUCCUCCUGGCUACGCCAGGACCCCCGCGCCACCUCCUGCUCUUCGACCUGAUCCCCGUGGUGUCCGUGGCCGGCUGGCCCGAGGGGGCUCGGAGCCACUCGUGGGCCGGCCCGCUGGCCUCUGAGUCGUCCUUCUACCUGGUGCCCGGCAGCGGCACAGAGCGGCCAGGCGCUUCGGGCUGGCAGCUCUGCUUCGCCCGCCAGGAGCUGGCGCUCAAGGCGCGCAUCCCCGCUCCGCUGCUGCAAGCGCACGCGGCGGCCCAGGCCCUGCUGCGCCCGCUGGUGGCCGGGACCCGGGCCGCGGCGCCCUACCUCCUGCGGACGUUGCUCUACUGGGCGUGCGAGCGGCUGCCUGCGCUCUAUCUGGCGCGCCCGGAGAAUGCGGGCGCCUGCUGCCUCGGGCUGCUGGAUGAGCUGGGCCGUGUGCUCGAGGCCGGGAUGCUGCCCCACUAUUUUCUGAGUGGCCGAAAGCUGCUCGCGGGGGACGGCGCCGCUGCGCUGCGCGGGGCGUUGGCCCGGCUCCGCGGGGACCCUACCCGGGCCCUGCGCGCAGCGGUGGAGGAGGCAAAGGCUGCACGCAAGGGGGGCGGCUUAGCUGGCGUGGGAGGCGGGGCCCAUUAAAGACGCUGCUCCUA